UCAUCUCUACAGCUUCACUCACACACACCAACAUGACAAACCCAGUCACGUACGAAGAACUGAAGGCUCUCUUGGCCAAAAGCAAAGAUCUGAUUCUGAUUGAUGUCCGUGAGACAGACGAGGUGAACAGAGGCUGCAUCCCCAGGUCCAUUCACAUUGCCCUUGGCACUGUCGAAACUGCUUUCAAAAUGAGCCCAGAGGAUUUCCAGGCCACUUACGGGAUUCCCAAACCUGCACUGGAUGCGCCUGAGCUGGUGUUUUACUGUCGGUCAGGGAGGCGGUCAGCAGAGGCCAUCAGCAAAGUCAGAGAACUCGGAUAUGUGAAAGCACGUAAUUACAGCGGCUCUUACCUGGACUGGUGUGAGAGGGAGGCAUAAAGAUUCACUUUGGAGAAGAGCCUCA